GUCACUUCCGGGGCGCGUGACCGGAAGCGGCGGUUUGUUGUUUUCGGAGCCCGCCAUGGUGUGCGAGAAGUGCGAGAAAAAACUCGGUACGGUAAUUACACCUGAUACGUGGAAGGAUGGUGCAAGAAACACGACAGAAAGCGGUGGCCGAAAACUGAAUGAAAAUAAGGCUUUGACUUCAAAGAAGGCAAGGUUUGAUCCUUAUGGAAAGAACAAAUUUGCAAUAUGUCGGAUUUGUAAGAGUUCUGUCCAUCAGCCAGGGUCUCACUAUUGUCAAGGAUGUGCCUAUAAAAAAGGCAUCUGCUCAAUGUGUGGCAAGAAAGUCUUGGAUACGAAGAACUACAAGCAAACCUCUGUCUAAUUAUGUUGAUCGGUCUUUUUGUGAACUUUAACUUCUGCAUCUUUGUACAGUAACUUUUCUCCAUCAUUUGUGAAUUUUACUUUCUAGAAGACAAUACAUCUUGGAAUGGGAUGAGAGGUGAAAAAAGCCUGAUUGUUUGCCAAGAAAUCUGUAUGAUAUUUGAAUUUUGUUUCAGCACUAAUGUUAACAGUUAUUUAAAGGUAAUGGUUUGUAGCAACUGAUAAAGUUCAAAAUGAGUGAGAAGAGAUCUUAGUGGAUAGGCUGAAACUAUACUACCAUCGUAACGCAGAUCCUUGAGCUUAAUACUUUUACUGUUGUGUUGCUGUAUCUUGAGUCUUCUGCUUGUCUGAUAGUACUAUUUUAUGGAUGUGUAAAAUAAGAGUUUAUCACCGUCUCAAAGUAGUACCUUCAUUUAGUUCUAUGCUUAUAUGUAUUUAUAAUUAUUCUCAUCCCAAACUGUUAAGUCCUGCACUUUGAAGUACUGCUCUUCAGGUUUUAAUAUGAUUGUCCUUCUGAGAUUUAUUUCUGUAUACAGUAGUGUUGGUUAAAUCACAAACUGUUUAACUAUGAAAAUCUAGUGUGUUACUCUACCAUUUCUUACUUUUGCAGUAAGACUGAUAAGCUAUUGUCAGCCUCUAAGGAGGUUUUAUAUAUGGCAUCUAGGGGCCCAAGGCAACAAAAUGAGCAGCAAUUUCUAAUGCCUGGUCUCAGGCUUGUCAUUUCCUGAGUUAAUCAGCCUUUUAAAUACUCAGUUUGAAAUUGGUUCUUGAAUUCUGUGAUGUAAUUGCUUAAGUGUCAAAUUUGAAAAAUCAAAACACCCUCCCUUCUCUUCAGCAGUAGUUUGAGACAGGACUUUAAAUAGGCAUCUCUUAACACAUGGGCCUGAAUGUGGCUCUGCAUUUCUUUUAUCCCUUGGUUAAUAUCUACAGAAGAAAACAAAUUUUGUUAUGAAGAGUAGUGUUUACUGUGCACAAGGAUUCUUUGUAGCAGUUUAAAGGAAAAGAAUGCUACUCUAAUAUGAGGUGGAGUUUUAACUAAGACCUACUUAAGUGCUUACUCCUCUCAGCAAUCUUACACUUUUGCAGCUUACUUUCAGCCGUAACAAGAAAACUGUCAAUGGGAACUUCCCUAUUAAUAGAUACUCUGGUUUAGGUUUUCCUUUUGUUCUGCUAUCUAUUACUGAGACAACUGAGUAAGUAAUAGAGACUGCACAGUCUUUCUAUAUGGUUGUGGGAGAAAAUAAAGAGUAUUGGGGAUAUAGUUAUUCUCUGUGCUCCUGCCACGCUGUCCUGUAAGUAGCCCUUGAAAGCGGGGUUGCUUGAUGUUUCCUGUCAUUCUUAACUGUUUGUUCUCAAGCAUUUGCCACAGAUUCUCCUGACAUUCUGCAAUUGCUAAAAUAGUAAUUCUUUUGAACAAUUUAUGUCUACUAAAAAGCUUUGUCAAGAUGGAACAAGCUGGGUCCCCUCCAAAAGAAAAGGGGAAUGCUGCUGCCCUUGAUCUUAAUAGCUUCACCUGUGUGAGCAAUUGCCAUUUUUUUCUGUCAGUAAGGAUAGGGAAGUAAGUCUAGAAUUGGAAACUCUUCUGACCUGUUACCAUUGGUGAGCUAGUUGCUGUGGCCUUGAAGUACAAUGGAAAACCACCUUUUCUAGUAAUGAGAUCUGAGGUGGAGCGUGUACAGAGGUAGAAACAUAGGCACUCUACUAAUUAUAUCCAGGAAUGAGAGAAAAACUGAGAAUGUGGAACCAGCAGCUACCUUCUGAGAAGCUUUAAGCCUUAAAAGUAGAGACCACUAUCUUGAACAGCUCUGCCCUUUUAACAGCCCCAGCUGACAUGCCCAAAAUAUGCGGAUUAUCUGGUGGUGACUGGCAGCCCGCAGACUUAAUUUCCAUGUGGCGGUGGCCGCUUGUUUCCAAACAGCUCAAGAAAUUCUAUUAUUAGUGCGUAGUCUCUAACUUUGGAGUAUCUUUUGUACAGAUUAGGAGAAAGUGUCUCAUGCUGGCUUCAAGUUUUGCAGCAAGUGCUUGUCAGUCAUAGUCUCUUUUGCACUACCCUCUUGCUUGGUCACUACCUUUCUUUAGUCCCAAAAUGGAGCUCAGUAAGGUGUAGCAGGCACAGGAAAAGUCCAUUUUGAAGCUGUUUCUUCAUUGUAUGCACCCUUAAGUUAGUGCAGCUGUAAAAAUGAAAAGAAAAGUUUUAUGUGCAACUGAUGCAAAAAAUGGGGCCAGAAUUGUUUGGUAACAUGUUGUUUGUCUUGGGUGCAGCAAUAAAAUGUGAAUGCAUCUUUGGAA